GCUCCGAUACAAUGUAUAUAAACAUGAAUUCAAAGUUGAUCAUCGGAGGACAGAGGAGGCAACCACAAGAUAUUAUUGCUACUGUAAGAUGAAAAUAAAUGUACCUGUAAAAUCAGAAAAGAUCUUUUUAAUUUUUCCUAAUGUUAACUGUAAAACACUGACCUCUGUGACAGCCUAAAUUUUACCUUAAUUAUCCUUGAUCAUGUUCAACACAAAAUUACCAAUUACUCUUUAAUUACAUACCAAUUACUAACUUGCAUCUCAAUUAUGAUAACAGUUUAUCUCAGUAACUAGCUGAAUUUAAACAUAAACUGUUAAAUACUUUUACUCAUAAAAUGCUAUCAUUAACAAUGGCUAGACAUAGGAUGCUAACUUUCCUAUCCAUCCUGCUAAUUCUGCAAAAUUUAGGCCUGGGACAGUAUGAAGAGCCAGAGUGUGUUUCAAGUUUUCACUCUAACUAUCACAUGUUACAGAAGAUAGUACAGCUGGAACAGAAACUGAUCAACCUUGAAGCAGAAAACACCAAACAACAACAUCUAAUAGACAGGAUGACAACAGAAGGAGCUGGCUCAGUGUAUGUGAGAUGGGGAAGGAAUAGUUGUCCUCAAGAUGCAACCCUCGUUUAUAAAGGCUAUACUGGAGGUAAAUACUACAAUGAAGCAGGCAGUGGGAGUGACACGCUGUGUCUACCAUCUGAUCCAACAUGGUCUAAUUACACUGAUGGAAAUGCUAGCUGUUGCCGAGGACAUGUCUACGGAUCUGAGAUACAUGUGGAGGAACCAAGCAAGAUAUUCCCAUAUAAGGUUCGUACACAAGAUAUGCCUUGUGCUGUGUGUAAGACUUUGAAAUCCACAACACUCAUGGUUCCGGCCAGGUCAAACUGCUAUCCCGACUGGAAACUGGAAUAUACCGGAUAUAUCAUGGCUAAUCACUAUGUUCAUGCAGGACCACACAACCAUAUCUGUGUGGACAGUCAACCCGAGUUUGUUCCUAAUGGUGGUGAAUAUAAAUUACAUCAUUUAUUAUAUCUCAUGGAAGCCCAGUGUGGUUCACUACCGUGCCCGCCUUACGUUCAAGGUCGUGAACUAGCCUGUGUUGUCUGUUCUUUAUAAUCAAACAAUACAUGCAGACAAAAAAACAACAUUUAAAAGCUGCUUUUUUGAGUGCAGUUUUCUAGCUUAUUACCUGUGGCAAAGUUUUGGUUAAUCAACAAACUCUUAAUAUAAAGCACGA